AUGAGUUCAUCACAGAGAAAACCAUCUUGUUCAACGUCCAAAACCCUCGUUGACUCAUUCUCCGAGGCAUUGUCGCAGCGGGAAGCUAAAUCUGCCCGUCGGAGAUUGACAGUUUUGCCCCGGACAGCAGUGGAUUUCUCCUCCAACGACUUUCUUUCACUAUCAACAUCUUCCGCAUACCGGGAGCGAUUUCUUUCCUUACUAAACAACACACCACCAUCAUUUCCUUUUGCCAGCGGCGGUUCCCGGCUAUUAGACGGGAAUUCGGCAUAUGCGGAAGAACUCGAAAAUUAUGUCGCGACUUUCCAUCAAGCCCCGACAGCACUUUUGUUCAAUUCCGGGUAUGAUGCGAACGUUGGAGUACUAUCCAGCAUUCCUCAGCCAGGCGAUGUGAUUCUGUAUGAUGAGCUCAUCCACGCCAGUGCCCACGAGGGCAUGCGUCUAUCACGAGCCGGACCUCGGAAAAUGUUUGCUCAUAGUUCGCCGACUGGAUUGAGAGAGACUUUGUUGGUUCAGAUGAGUGAAGAUCCGGAAAUUGAAAGAGGCGCACGAAAUGUGUUCGUCGUCAUUGAGUCCAUCUAUAGCAUGGAUGGCGAUGUGGCUCCCAUUAAGGAGUUUAUUCAAAUUGUGGAUGAACUUUUACCCCACGGUAACGGAUAUUUCUAUGUCGAUGAGGCGCACGCCACUGGUGUGUUUGGGCCGAAGGGUGCGGGUGUUGUUCAAGAGCUCGGUGUUCAGGAUCGGAUGUUCAUACGUGUCCACACUUUCGGGAAGGCGCUCGCCAGUCAUGGAGGUAUGUUUUCGUGGGCAGAUAUUGAGAAGGAGCGAUUGAAUGACCUUCAGUUAGCUAUGGUUCUUUGUGGGCCAGAGACAAGGGAUUAUUUGAUCAACUAUGCCCGGAGUUUGAUCUACACGACAGCUUUGGGAUUCCCGUUCCUGGCAUCGAUUCGCGCAGCCUAUGAGCUUCUGCAAAAUGGAGAAACCGAAUCAUUACAGUGCCGACUUCAACGGUUGAUAUCCCACCUCCGAGAACGACUGGAUGGCCUGCAAACAUACAAAUCAGUCAUGUUCGAGGUUGAUCACUUCCCCACUUCCCCAAUUAUCUCUCUCCGAACAUCACAACCCCGGCAGCUUGCAGCCUUUUGCCAAGAAAGAGGAUUUGUCGUGCGUGCCAUCAUGCCGCCAACCAUUCCUGAAGGCAAGGAACGGGUGCGGGUAUGUUUACAUGCAGGAAACACAGAAACAGAGAUCGAUGGGCUAGCGCGGACCAUUCAGUUUUGGUUGGAUCAAAGUAAUAUGAAGGUAUUCAAGUUAUGA